ACAGGAUUGGAAGAAUUUCCAUGGAUGGCCCUCAUAGCAUACAACACAGGAGAUGGAAUAGAUUUUCGUUGUGGAGGUACCCUAAUAAAUGCCAGAUAUAUACUCACCGCAGCACAUUGUAUUAUAAAUACUAUGUCUAUAAUUGGAGUUAGGCUAGGAGAAUACGAUUUACGAAACACGGAGGACUGCGAAGAAGGAUACUGCGCUCCAAAAGUGCAAGAUUUCCGAGCGGAAAAGAUGAUGAUUCAUCCGAACUAUAACAAACGGACAUACACAAAUGAUAUAGCGUUGAUAAGGCUAGACUAUAAUGCAAAUUUUAGUUAUUCCAAUAUUAAACCGAUAUGUCUUCCGGUGAGCGAAAUUAAUGACGACCUAACGGGAAAAUCGGCUAUCGUCUCCGGAUGGGGUGCUACGGAAAAAGGUUACAAAAGCCCCAUACUUCUCAAAGUAUCAGUACCCGUGUUGACACUGUCUGUUUGUCAUAAAGUGUACCAACAGUUUGCUCCAAUUACGGAUCAGCAAAUAUGUGCCGGUGGAUACAAUGGUAGAGACUCAUGUGGAGGAGACAGCGGUGGACCGAUGAAGUAUGUCGGACUUGUUGACGGCUCGCCUAGAUACAUACAGUACGGAAUUGUAUCAUUUGGCCCGAGACAAUGCGGUGCCGAUGGGCAACCGGGUAUUUACACCAGGGUUGGGAGUUAUAUCCAAUGGAUUUUGGAUAACAUGGAAGAAUGAAUGUCGUUUAAAGCAAACAGGAUUGGAAGAAUUUCCAUGGAUGGCCCUCAUAGCAUACAACACAGGUACGCUUAAAGAUUUUUUUAUAGAAAAUUUAAAUAUCUACUGAUUAAUUUUAUAUUACAUUACACAUUUACA